AUUAUACACAUUCACUGCUUUUUCAAACCAAAUUGCCUCUUCUAUUAAACUCCACACACUACAACUUCUCAAUGUAUGUCUACUGAUGAUUACAACUGCUUGGAGGGAAAUCUAAAAUCAAACUAAACUUAAAACAAAUUUUUUUUGGAGGGAAUGUAGUAGGGUAUGGCCAACUAUCACUAGCUACAAAGGCAUACCUACUAAACAAAAUGAGAUUAAUAGAAGUAUUGCCCUCAGAAAAUUUUCAUCAUUGGGCAAUGGAGUAUGCUGCUGGAGGCAGUGCCGGAGACAGUGACGGAGAUAUCACCGGCGACAAAAACUCGCGCAUUGUAGGAGUGGACACCAAAAAUCUGAUAGCUCAAAGGCUGCUACAACUGAGCCAUGAAGGUAAAGUAGCAUAUGGAGGUUUUGUGAAGACAACAAAGGACUUUGGAGUGAGCACGAAGACUGUGCACAGAAUCUGGGCAGAGGCAAGCCACCAAAUCCAGCUUGGAGUACCUGUGAGCAUACAAGAUCGUGUUAAAGGAUUCAAGCGCAAAGAUAGAAUUCAGCUUGAUUCAAACAGAGUAAGAGCUCUUUCAUUCCUUGAAAGAUCAACCAUCCGCAAGUUGGCUGCCAAACUGGAGUUAAGUAAGAGUGCAGUGGGCAGAAAAGUGAAAGCAGGGGAACUGAGGCCACACACAAAUGCUGUGAAACCCCAACUUACUGCCGCAAACAAGUUAGCAAGAAUGAAAUGGGGUCUCACAUAUAUGUAGGGCUGUAGGUUUAUAAUUUCAGUCAUUAGGAAGCAUUUUUUGGCAGUUGGGUGUGUAAGCCUCAAGAAUAGGUGUGGCUUAUGCUAUCAACUGUUUUUUGACAUCUUUUGUACAGCCUCCAAACCUACAUGUAUAGGGGUGGCUUCUAAAAUCCUAAUCCCUCAGAAAAUUAUCAUCAUAGGGCAGUCUCCUAACCUUGUAAAGGGGUGGCUUCUGAAACCUAAUCCCUCAGAAAAUUGUCAUCAUAGGGCAGCCUCCAAACCUUGUAAAGGGGUGGCUUUUGUAAUGUCAGUGUAUGGCUUUUGUAAUCCCUCAGAUCUUAGUGUUUAUAUGAACUCACAAAUAAGCCUCCAUACCUAACUAGAGGGGUGGCUUUAUCAUGCAUAAAGUAUCAGUAAUAUCAACACACAACAAAUCAUCACAAGGCCAAAGAGUAUCAGCAUGCAACACAUCACAAGGAACAAUAUACAACCAUCAAUUAAUCCAACAACUAGAGAACCCCCAAACAAAUUAACAUAGCCUCCAACCAACCUCCAACCCACACAAUCACUCCAACAACCAAACUCCCCUCCCCCAAACAAAUAACCACAGCCUCCAACCCACACAAUAACUCCAACAACCAUACUCCCAUCCCCCAAACAAAUUAAUACAGCAUCCAACCCAAACUGACCCAACCACAACCUCCAACCCAAAUGACACAACCACAGCCUUCAACCCAAAUGACACAACCACAGCCUCCAACCCAAACAAACACAUCAAACACAACUGCCUCCAACCCAAUGACACAAUCAACAACACAACCAAAAUGAGG